AUGAUUUUCAAGAGUUUACUAGCAGGUACUGGUGCGAAGCUCUUGACCAAGUCGUCAUACACAAUUUCCAGAAAUGCUUUAUGUAACUUGCGUCGUUUCGCUACACAGAGGCCAAAGGGUAUCAAUAUUUUGAGAAACUCAGUUUGUCAGAGGUCUCUCGUCCGUCCCUUUUCCGCAAGCUCAAUGAUCAAGCAAGCUGAAGCUGUCAGUGUGCCAAAAACUUUACUAAAUUCUUCCAAUGUUGUAGGUUAUUGGUUAAUUGGAACAUCGGGUCUGGUGUUCGGAAUUGUUGUGUUGGGCGGGCUCACGAGGCUGACCGAAUCUGGAUUAAGUAUUACCGAAUGGAAACCCGUCACAGGAGCGUUGCCACCUAUGAACCAGGCAGAUUGGGAAGAGGAGUUCAGGAAGUAUAAAGAAUCGCCAGAAUUUAAGCAAUUAAACUCUCAUAUCGAUUUGGAUGAGUUUAAGUUUAUUUUUUUCAUGGAAUGGAUUCAUAGACUCUGGGGUCGUGCCAUUGGUGCAGUUUUCCUGCUUCCGGCUGUAUAUUUCGCAGCUACGAGAAAAACAUCUGGACAUGUCAAUCGAAGAUUAUUCGGCUUGUCCUUGUUGCUGGGUCUGCAGGGAUUUGUGGGAUGGUGGAUGGUCAAGUCAGGUUUAGAUCCGGCCCAAUUGGAAGAGAGGAAAUCAAAACCAACUGUUUCCCAAUACAGAUUGACGGCCCACUUGGGUAUGGCCUUUUUGUUAUACAUGGGCAUGAUUUUCACUGGUUUUGAAAUACUAAAAGAAAACAAAUGGAUGAAAAAUCCUGCUAAGGCUUUGGAAUUAUUUAAAAUGACUGAUAGUCCAUCACUCGGCCCUCUGAGGAAAAUAUCAGUGGCUGUAUUAGCCUUAACUUUUGUUACAGCAAUGUCUGGCGGUAUGGUGGCUGGUCUCGAUGCCGGUUGGAUAUACAAUACGUUUCCUAAAAUGGGUGAAAAUUGGUUCCCAAGUUCCCGUGAAUUAAUGGAUCCGCAGUUUGCUCGUAAGGAGGAUAAUAGUGACAUUUGGUGGAGGAACAUGCUUGAAAAUCCAACGACAGUUCAAUUAAAUCACAGAAUUUUGGCUAUCACAACUUUUUGCUCAGUAUUUGCCUUGCACAUGUAUUGCAGCAGGCACAAGAGUAUCAUCCCUAAAUCUGCUGAUCGCACCGUGAAGGCGAUGAUGGGCCUCGUUACAAUACAGGCCGGUCUAGGUAUAGCAACAUUGGUUUAUUUGGUUCCUAUCUCGCUCGCAUCACUUCAUCAAGCCGGCUCACUCGCUUUAUUUACCAGCGCAAUCAUCUUUGUUGCACAAUUGAAGAAGGUGAGGAUACCAACGAAAAUACUGAUUAGUGGGCUCUAUGUUCAGCAAUUGAAAAAAUCUGGAAGCAAAAUUAUAACGGAGGCUUCAAAAUUGGCUAAAUGA